AAUGGCCCGGCGCCGUCUCAGCCAAUCAGUGGAGAGGAACGUUGCAACAUUUUACCCGCGGGCGGGGCUAAAAAGCCUCAACGUUCCAUCCGGUCGAGAAGCGCUCCGCUGGGGAGGAUGUUUUAUCACAUCUCCUUGGAGCAUGAAAUCCUGCUGCAUCCUCGGUACUUCGGGCCCAACCUUCUCAACACCGUGAAACAAAAGCUUUUCACGGAAGUGGAAGGGACCUGCACCGGCAAGUAUGGCUUUGUCAUCGCUGUCACCACCAUAGACAACAUCGGGGCGGGCGUCAUUCAGCCGGGACGCGGCUUCGUCCUUUACCCCGUCAAAUACAAAGCCAUUGUCUUCCGUCCGUUCAAGGGUGAGGUAGUGGAUGCCAUUGUAACUCAGGUGAACAAGGUUGGCCUCUUCACCGAGAUCGGGCCGAUGUCUUGUUUCAUAUCCCGACACUCGAUCCCGUCAGAAAUGGAGUACGAUACGAACUCCAAUCCGCCCUGCUACAAGACUGUGGAUGAGGACAUUGUCAUCCAGCCAGAAGAUAAUAUCCGACUGAAGAUUGUGGGGACGCGGGUGGACAAGAACGACAUCUUCGCCAUUGGAUCCCUGAUGGAUGACUACCUGGGUCUCCUGAACUGAAGGCCCGUUUCUGUUUUAGUUCUCUUGCAACCACAUUUUGUAUGUUCUCCUCUUGUGUUCUCUUUCAACUCCAUGGUCGUCCCUGGCUGAAGAAACGUUGCCCUGGCUGCAGUUUUAGGGGAAGGUUUUAGCAUUCUUAACGAGUUGGGAGCGUCUUAGAAAGUCCGUUGUUUCUUGCUGGAAUUGUGUGUCUCUGUUAAGCUUCUUUUUUCGGUCAUUAAACAUUUUUUUCUGUUUUCUGUU